AUGGCGAACUCAGUUUGGCGCACAAACCCAUUUUGGACCUUCACCACAACCUCUUGCUGAAGCUUCAGACUAUGGAUCAGUGCAGUGGUUACCAUGAUUUGCUACAGCCUCAACCCCAAACAACUAUUGCUUUACAGGCAUGAAGAUAAUUAUGAAUAUGAGGAUGCAUAUGUAGAUGCAUAUGAAGAUGCAUAUGAAGAUGUAUAUGAAGACGCAUAUGGAGACUUUUAUGAUGAAGGAUAUGAAGAUGAGUAUGGAGAUGCGUAUGAGAUGCAUGAAAAAUUUUAUAAUGAUAAACUUGGAUAUAUAGUGAAAUUUGAUGAUGAACUUAGAGAUAAACAUGAGCAUGUGGAUGAGCGCCGAUGUGGUGAAGCUAUUGCUGCAUGUAUUGGGGAAGUCUACAUGAAGAUCACAUUGGAAGAAGUAAAGGUCACUGUGCUAAAAAACAUAGUGGCAAGUGUUUCACCCGCGAAGAAAGAAAAGAAAAAUGGAAGAUUUGGAGGGAAAAGGACAAAAUCACUCAUGAACUUGGUAAAAGAAAAUGAAUUGAGAAAGAAAGAAAGGGAGAAAAGCAAGACGAAUCUGAAAAGAAAAAUUAGAGGAACUGGAGAUAAUAAGGAACGAAGUAGGAGAUGGAAAUGAAGAAGAAUCUGGAAAAUGGAGAAAAUGAUGCAAUCAGAGAUUUUGACGAAGAGUAAUGAGAAAUAA